AUGGAUCCCAGCAGUGACUACCAUUUCCUCAACCACAUUUUGUGGAGAAGAGUGAAACUCACCUUGGUUUCUGGAAUCUUCGAGGGCGUGCUCCAGCAUGUGGAUCCUAACAAGAUUGUUGUCCUAAAAAAUGUGAAGAACGUAGAGACAGGCCGGAGUGUCCCAGGAGUGAAAAUUUUUGGGCAUGAGAUUUUGAAUGUGGAACUAAUGGAUGAAGCAGAACAAGGUGCAUCGGGAGAAAAGGCAUCUUCUGUUAGCAUAAAUACAGAAAGAGCUGCACUGGAGAAAAUGAAAGACGAAGACCUAACUGUAUGUGAACCUGCUUCAUCUGCACCAGAGGCACCCACCAGCUCUUUACUCAGUGACCUCAAAUACUGCCCAUCGGAGGAAGAGGAGGUGACAUACACAGUCAUUGGUCAGUUCCAGCAGAAGUUUGGCGCUGCGAUGCUCCACAUCAAGAAGCAGAGUCUGAGUGUGGCUGCAGAAGGAGCUAAUGUGUGUCGCCAUGGGAAACUCUGUUGGCUUCAGGUGGCCACAAACAGCCGAGUUUACUUGUUUGAUAUUUUUCUUCUGGGAACGCGUGCUUUCAACAAUGGACUUCAGAUGAUUUUAGAAGACAAGAGAAUCUUGAAGGUUAUCCAUGAUUGUCGAUGGCUUUCGGAUUGCCUGUCUCAUCAGUAUGGAAUCAUGCUGAACAAUGUCUUUGACACACAGGUAGCAGAUGUCCUUCAGUUUUCCAUGGAAACGGGUGGUUUUCUUCCAAAUUGUAUCAGUACUUUGCAGGAGAGUUUAAUCAGACACCUUAAAGUUGCCCCUAAAUACCUCUCCUUUUUAGAAGAGAGACGGAAACGUGUUCAGGAAAAUCCAGAAAUAUGGUUGACAAGACCUCUUCCACCCCCUUUAUUGAAAAUCUUGGCCCUGGAAACAACCUACUUGCUUCCACUUCGCUUGGUACUCUUGGAUGAGAUGAUGUCGGACUUAACCACACUGGUGGAUGGGUACCUAAACACCUAUCGAGAAGGUUCUGCAGACCGGCUUGCAGGCACAGAGCCUGAGUGUAUGGAGCUGCCAGAGGAGCUUCUUCAACUCCAGGACUUCCAGAAGCAGCGGCGAGAGCGAGCUGUGAAGGAGUACAGAAUGAAUGCGCAGGGCCUCCUCAUAAGGACGGUGCUGCAUCCAAAGACACCAGCCCGGCGCACGCCAGGGAAAGAGGGCCCAGUCAGAGGCUUUUUAGUUUGUAAAACGUCGGACGUAGACACAGCUCCACACUUUCUGUGUCACAGAUCUUAUAAGGAUGAGAAUUUUUUGGAUAGAGAAUCUAAAGAAACGACAGCAAAUUCUCAAAUUCUGCCUCCCAUGAAGGAAGGUGAAGCCAGUGAGGAUUCUGAGAACAAACCAAUGUGUCGGGAGUCAAGGGGGCCAGAAGACCUGAGAACCCAGAAGGCUUGCUCACUGACUCCCACACAUGCGUUUCAGUCACAUUUUUCUUUGAAGGAGGAGAUAGAACAGUUGCUGAUGGUGGAAAAUAAGGGAGCUUUGAGAAGCCCAAAUCAAGACACCUCGGUGUCUCCUUCUCUUCCCCCGGAAAGCUGGGGGGCACCAAGUGACACCUUUCCUCUUCCUGAGAAUGAUCUGAUUUCUACACUUCCACCCUGCCCCGCGCUGGAGAAGACAGAUUCAUGGAUAAGUCCAUCUCCAAAUCUGUUUUAGGAUUUACGGUUGGCUGCUGAGUCCAUGAAGGGGACUCAUCUACCCUGCCAACAGGGUCCAUGUGAGUUUCUCCUGGGGUAGGUAGGGUGGUUAGGUCUGAACCACAGGCUUCUGGGAAAAUGAUGGCCUUCAGUUAGUGCUUCUUCCCGGUGUCUGGAUUAGGAUGGAAGGAAUAAGUGAAAUAAUGGACCAAGUCAAACUUGUGAUAUGCAGAAAUAUUCCCAGUAGCCUGAGUAAUCAUUUCUCAUAAUUUAGGUUCUGAGGAUUUGAAGAAGUGAAAAAUGCUUGUGCUCGGUAUCUGGAAGGAUCCAGUUUAGGAAUACUGUGGGCAGCUCCUGUGGAUGGCAGAGCUGGUACAGCCUGCGCAGGCCAUGGGUUCAGUCUGCAGCAUCACCCAAAAACAAGUUGUAUUUUUAUGUUUGUUUGUGUUUGGGUUAUUUUUGGCCUUCAGAGUGAAGUAAAUCUAAAAAACCCUUAUUUAUAGGUUAAAAAAUGUUUCUCAUCCAACUUCACCAGUACUUUUCUCCUUAAAAUAUUACUUGAAUUGUGAAUUUUUGUCUAUUGUAUUCUAGCCUGAGAAUAUGUAAUGUCACUAUAGGGUUCAGUCUCAUCUUCUUUAUAUCUCAUCAACCUUCAGGUUUUGUCCACUUUCCUAAGGAAGCAGAGGUACUGGCUUCUUUGUUGUCCCCUUUGUGGAAAUCUAAGUUGGAGUCCAUUGUAUUUGCCUAGAGCUGUUACAUUUUCUCAGAGUGAAAAAAAGACAGCUUGAAAAAGGGCGCUUUGUGUUGAGUGCUCAGAAAUCACUCUUACUGUUUUGUGUAAAACAACCAAUAAACCUGCUUUGGCACCAGA